AUGACAUUGAAGCUGAUGAGACCGUCCAUGACCCGUCGCUGGCUGCGGCACAAGUCAUUCGGUUCGGAUUCGCGAUCAGGUGUUGGCGAGCCAUGGGGCGUUCACUCGACCUACCAAUACGUCACGACCUUCAAUAAAGCUAGCCAAAUCGGCAACUAUGGUAUCGUGCUGUCCAUGGUCCCCGAGCUCGGAAUCCGUAUCAACAUCGCCGCGGCCUGCAACUUCUCCGCCAACAUCAACAUGGCACUGGCCGACACGCUAGCCAACUCCUCUAUCCAGCCCUUGCUGGACGUCGCCAAUCGUACCUACGGCGGCUGGUACCGGCACCAAACCCUGAGUUCGUCGCUGCUAGUGACCGGUCACCCUGUCAACCCAGGCCUCGAGAUCAGCAGCUGGGCCGUACACGACCGACUGGGUGACUUGGAUCUCGCUCUCCGGGACCACGCGUUGGACCAGUUUUUAUUUGAGCUGAACUCUGAAGAGGAGUUUGUUGGGGUUUGCAACCCUGCUUUGAGGAUUACGCUCGAACAUGUCGGGUGGGAUGUUGGAGUGGGUGGUGGUGGUGUGGCUCCUAUUGCGCCGCCGACGGUGGAAAAUGAGACCUGGUCCAAUACGAGAUUGAGGACGUCAUGA